UUUUCUGAUAACAAAAGUUACUAACUGGGACGAAGCGGGGAUUGCAGAAUUAGUGCCGUGGAGUAAAGCACUUAGCGGAGCGAGGGGGGAACGACACCCUCCCUGGCCUUUACGUAAAACACAUCGAGCCCUCUUUGCUCCGUGCUAUCUUAAUGUAACCCUCCUCUCGCGAGCAGCGUAAAACGCUGUUACAAGUUCGAUUAGGUGUGCUUAAGGGGUUGGGGGUUUACUUUUCCAGGGUGGAAAAAUACAGACCAAUGAAGCUGUGUGAAAUAGUUGGAAAUGAAGACACUGUGAGCAGGCUGGAGGUCUUUGCAAAAGAGGGAAAUGUACCAAAUAUUAUAAUUGCUGGUCCGCCAGGAACAGGUAAAACCACCAGUAUCCUCUGCUUGGCUCGCGCUCUGCUUGGUCCUGCAUUAAAGGAUGCUGUUCUGGAGCUGAAUGCCUCAAAUGAUAGAGGCAUUGAUGUUGUGAGAAACAAAAUCAAAAUGUUUGCCCAGCAAAAGGUCACACUUCCAAAAGGUCGGCAUAAAAUAAUCAUCCUCGAUGAAGCAGACAGCAUGACAGAUGGAGCACAGCAAGCAUUGAGAAGAACAAUGGAAAUUUAUUCCAAAACAACACGCUUUGCACUUGCAUGUAAUGCCUCUGAUAAAAUCAUAGAACCUAUUCAAUCUCGGUGUGCAGUGCUACGUUAUACCAAGCUGACAGAUUCACAAAUCCUUGCAAGGCUACUGAAAAUUGUUGAGAAGGAGGAUGUACCAUAUACAGAUGAUGGACUGGAAGCCAUUAUCUUCACAGCCCAAGGAGAUAUGAGACAGGCAUUAAACAACUUACAGUCCACAUAUUCUGGAUUUGGCUUUAUAAACAGUGAAAAUGUUUUUAAGGUGUGUGACGAGCCUCAUCCUCUGCUUGUGAAAGAAAUGAUACAACACUGCAUCAAUGCAAAUAUUGAUGAAGCAUACAAGAUUCUUGCCCACCUGUGGCGACUUGGAUACUCUCCAGAAGAUGUGAUUGGCAACAUCUUCCGAGUGUGUAAAACUUUUCAAAUGCCAGAAUAUCUAAAAUUGGAAUUUAUCAAGGAAAUUGGGUACACUCAUAUGAAGAUAGUGGAAGGUGUGAACUCACUCUUGCAGAUGGCUGGACUGCUGGCCAGGUUGUGUCAGAAGACUGCAGCCCCUGCAGCAAGCUAGAGUAUCGACCGAGGUGAAACCUACAUUCUGGAAGGUGAAGGAAUGGUGUGUGAGAUCAGCGCCUCUGUGUGUGUGUGUCAGAGCUGUGUGCAUCCUGAAUUCUGCAUGCAAAGAGCCUGUUCCCUUGGUUUUACCAAAUCCCAGAGAAAUAACCAGGUUCUAUUGUAAAAAUGAUUUGUACUUUUUUUUAUUUAGACCAAUAAAACUUCAGAAUCUACUUUAAACCAAAAGCUCUUACCUGUGGUAUAACGGAGGUGGAGGAGAGGACUGUAAUAGUCCGGAAUAAGGAGGAGCACUAAGGUUUUCUCUCUAGUACAUCAGCAAAACUGCUUAUGACAAUAGUACCCAGAUCUAACAGCAGGUAACCCUUUGAUAGUGAUUAUAUCUCACAACUGAUCAUUAGUGGCCUUCUGAGACCGAGAAGGAAAUACUCUUAAGCGCAGAAAAAGUCUCUCAGUAAUAAGGAGGCAGGGUGCUGCAACUGGGCACUGUUAAUGGGC